UCAUGCUGCUGCCAAGUCCAGAGUCUCUCAUGGGUCCCUGUAUGGCGUCCCAUUGCUGCUGUCUCCAUCGCCACACUCUGCCAUGUGCCACUUUCAGGUCUCCUCACACUGCUGUGUGUUCAAUUUUUUGUCAUAGGGUGCUGGCAGAUUACGGGCCUCCCAUAGCUGCUGCCAGGCCCCUAAUCUGCCAUGGGCCCCUGUACCGCCUCCUCAUGCAUGCUGCCAGGUCCACAGUGUCUCAUGGGUCCCUGUACGGCCUCCCAUUGCUGCUGUCUCCAUCGCCACACUCUGCCAUGUGCCACUUUCAGGUCUCCUCACACACUGCUGGUGUGUUCAAUUUUUUG